ACUCUUCUGUUUGUAAAGGUGAACCGAGGGAAAGAAGAAACAAGGAGGUUUUAUGCCUGCUCCGCCUGUAGAGAUAGGAAAGACUGUAAUUUUUUUCAAUGGGAAGAUGAAAAGUUGUCACAAGCCACACUUGCUGCCCGAGAAGCUCGUAACCGAAGACGUCAGCCUCCUCUGACUCGAAUGCAGUGUGUGGAAAGGUACUUGAAGUUUAUUGACUUGCCCUUGUCUCAGAGAAAGUUUUGUCAAAGAUGUCAGCAGUUGCUGUUACCAGACGACUGGGGGGAGCAUCGUGAGCAUCAGGUCGUGGGUGAUGUUUCUGUCGGCCAGUUAAAAAGGCCCAGUCAACUCCUUUACCCAUUGGAAAAUAAGAAGACAAAUGCCCAGUACUUGUUUGCUGAUAGGAGCUGUCAGUUCUUAGUAGACAUACUUUCUACCCUUGGAUUCGGAAGAGUGCUGUGUGUUGGAACACCGAGGCUGCAUGAGCUGAUCAGGUUGAAAGCUUCAGGGAACAAGAAGUCUGCCAUGAAAAGCCUUUUACUGGAUAUUGAUUUUCGGUAUUCACAGUUUUAUACGGAAGACAGCUUUUGCCAUUAUAAUAUGUUCAACCAUCAUUUCUUUGAUGGAAAGGCUGCCCUUGAAGAGUGCAGAACAUUUUUACAGGAAGAUAAAGGCAAAGGAGUCAUUAUGGUGACAGAUCCUCCUUUUGGCGGCCUGGUUGAGCCUCUGGCUGUUACAUUCAAGAAGUUAAUUGCUCUGUGGAAAGAAAGUCAAAGCCAAGCUGCCUGUCAUGAAGAACUGCCAAUUUUCUGGAUCUUCCCCUAUUUUUUUGAAUCUCGAAUUCGUCAGUUUUUUCCAAGCUUCUGCAUGCUGGACUACCAGGUAGAUUAUGAAAAUCAUGCACUUUAUAAACAUGGAAAGACAGGUCGAAAACAGUCUCCUGUGCGAAUCUUCACUAACAUUCCACCCAGUAAAAUAAUCCUUCCUACCGAGGAAGGAUACAGAUUUUGCUCCCUGUGUCAACGAUAUGUUUCUUUAGAGAAUCAACACUGUGAGCACUGUGAUUCUUGCACAUCCAAGGAUGGCAGGAAAUGGAACCAUUGCUUUCUCUGCAAAAAGUGUGUAAAGCCUUCCUGGAUCCACUGUCAUGUCUGUAAUCACUGUGCUGUCCCUGGUCAUUCCUGCGAUGGUCCUAAGGACGGCUGCUUCAUUUGUGGUGAAUUAGAUCACAAACGUGCUACCUGCCCGAACAUCUCAUCUAAGAGAGCUAACAAAGCUGUCAGGAAGCAGAAGCAAAGAAAAAAUAAUCAGAUGAAACUGGAGACCACGAAAGGACAAGCCAUGAAUCCUCCAUCUGUUACAAGGAAAAAGAAGAGGAGGGAGAGAGCUCAUCAAUAUCUUUGCUCUUAAAUGUCCAGUGACUGGAGAAUAAGAGAGAUUGCUAGUCCAGUCUUUGAUGCCGUUUUCUGAAAGUGCCACACCGGACUUGAACUCAGUUGCUUGCACAUGUGUGCACCUGGCUGAGCCAGAUACAAGGAGGCAGCAUCUGCUGGCUUACAGACCUCUCAUCAGCCUCUCUGGAAACCCGGGAGUCAGUCAUUCCAUCUUUAGC